AGUAAUAAGUCUCUUGGAAUGGAGCGGGUGGACAAUGAGAGUUAUAUGACAGUCUCUGAGAUCAUAGGUCUUCGUAAUACUCUAGACUGCCAACAGGGUACACAUUUUCACAGUGACAGUGGGCCCUCAGUAAACAGUAACAGGUGCAGUGAGACAUACAGCACUGAGUGAGGACCUAUUUCUUCCCAUAGAGGAGUACACUGACUCCAAGAGUAAUGUCUCAGUAUCCACAAAUAGACUCCUCACUACAGACUUUUCAAGCAUUCAAAAUGACUCAAACUAUUAUUGACACACAAGCCUGGCUCUCAAACACUUUUUGCCUCUUGUCCUGACUCGCUUGCCAUUUGACUGCACACAGACACAUGUUGACAGGCAAGCGUUGGCUUUUCUCCCAAACAGAAAGGUUGACUCACUAGUCUCCCUGUGAUAUGUAUGGUCUUGCCCCCUCUCGGAGUGAAGUCGAAAUUGUAUGACCAAGUGUUGUCUGCAAAAUCUCUACACCUUUAGGUAAUCCAUUCAGAAAAGUACUUUUGACCUCAGGUUUAAUGUGAUGGAAGAAGAACUCUGCCUGUAGACUAGCGGUUAGAGAGUAACCGAAAAGGUCACUGGUUUGAAUAGUUGAGCUGACAAUGUGUGAAAAAUAUGCUGACGUGCCAUUGAGCAAGGCACUUAACCCUAAUUUGCUCCAGGGGUGCCAUACUAUGACUGACCCUGUAAAACACAUUUUACUGCACCAGUCUGGUGUAUGUGACAAUAAAACCGUUUUCUUUGUAUUGUGCAGUUGGGUGUAGGCCUGUUAUGGGGUUAGUAGUUACUUUGUCAUGUUGAAUUUAUCUAAUGUGUUCUGCCAGUUGAGCUGAAGUGCAUUCAAUGAGGCCCAAAAGGACAUUCCCUGCCUGGGAAUCAAACCCAGGCCACAGUGGUGAGUGCUGAAUCCUGACCACUAGGGACUAGCGUGGCUUCCCAGAGUUAUUUCUGUUCCUUGGAAUCACUCCUAGCAGAAUGUUGUGGGGAAAGGGCUAUUUGUUUCUCGUUCCCUCAGCUGUUCGCUGUAACCACAUCGUAAACGAAGGAAGACCCGUUCCAGCUGCACAAUCACUCACGUCAGACUUAAUAAUACACCCUGAUAAUGGUCAUAGAGCGAGAGAGGAAUAGAAAGAGGGUGGGGGUCCACUGACUCACUCACAGGGUCAAUAAGAGAGAAUAGCCCCCUGAGGAUCUGGGGGUAUAAAUAUAAUGGACUGGACAGAGAGGAGCAGUCCAGACACACCAACGUGCGCACACAGCUCCAGUGACCAGAACUCUGGGAUUAAGACACAACCCAUACACCAUGUCUCAGCCCGUUGAGGUGAAGAAGAAGAAGCGUCCUGUGAUGAAGGAGGAGGACUUGAAAGGAGCCCGCAGCAAACUGGGGCUAAAGGGCGAGCCCAAGAGUAAGACCUAUGAAGUCAUGGUAGAGUGUGAGCGUAUGGGAAAGGUGGCUCCCUCAGUGUUCAGUGGGGUGAAGUCUGGAGGAGAGACGGUACUGGAGAAGCCUAAAGCCCCAGGAGCCAGCAUCUUUGGCAAGUAGAGCCGUCCAGUGUGGAGUGUUGGCUAUCAUCACUGCGCUAGAGUCUAGAGGAGAGACGGGACAGACGCAUCAAUGGACAAAUGGCAAUGAAGAAGCCAAACCUUGCUGUUAUUGAAUGGUUUGAUACCUGUUUUUCCAUUUUCAGCACGGAAAUAGGCCCAUCUCAUUUUGAGCAGGUUGUUCAUAGUAGGGUUUGUUCAUACUGUAUGAUGACUGUUUAUGAUUGAGAAUUUCAAGGGCAAUUCCAGCAUUAUGGAUGUGAUAUUUGCACACACAAUGAGAAACAAAAUGUCUCACAGAGUUGACUUAGCACUUACAUUUCUACUUGAUAUCAUGAUUGCGUUACGCAGCAAUGCUGACUAGUGAGUCAUUGAUCAUGUUAUGACGUGUCCGUAGCGGUCACAUUCGUUACGCUUAGAACAAGUACCUACAGAGAGAAAGGAAACCAGUUAUACAUCACAUAAGCCCUUGAUGAAGUUAGCUUUGCACAGAAAGUUUGCAUACAAUCAUACUCAAAACAUGUCCACAUGUCCAUGUCCAAAUCAGCAUUCUAUCUUCACCAGACUGUAGAAUUCUAUACUAGCAAUCAAAGGACAAAAAUGUGUUUCAUUAACCUUCCGACUUGGUCAGAAACAGAGGGACAGAUGUGAGUACCAAAACAAGUUCUGUGAGCCAUUGCCAAAAGCUAUGAAAUAUGGUUGACUGAAAAUACUUAUUUUGAGACUUUGUAGCCUACUUGUAGUAAUUAAAUUUGGCAAAUAUAAAGGCCAAAUGUAGUCUUUACUUCAAAAUACACACAUUCAAAUAGAAUUUUAUUGGUCACAUAUUUUGCAGAUGUUAUUGCGGGUGUAGCGAAAAUAUGGUAAAUAUUUUCGCUAAAUAUGAAAGUUUUUAAUUAGGAAAUAAGCUAUUUUUUUCAUGUUCAGGUUGACCUUACUAUGAAGUUGCUCAAAUUGUAAAUGCUGAAAUAUUUGUCUUAUGUUUUUAUAAACAAAUGAAUGACUUCCCUACUUA